AUGGAAGCGGGACACUUCAAUAACAUGAACGAAGCUGUCUCCAAGUUCGUAAACAGUUGCACAGAUGCAACCGGUAAAACUGAUACCGUACUGUACUAUAAUCGGCAGAGUAAUAACUCAUAUAGAGGAAACUCAUACCGAGGCGGAAGCCGAGGUGGAUACCAAGGUAAUUACCGAGGUAGUUAUCAAAGUAGCCAAAGCCGAGGACGCGGAAAUUUCAGAGGAAAUUUUCGACGUUACAACAAUAGUAAUAACAACAAUACAAACUAUAGCGGAAACAACCGUCAGAACGGUGGAUUCUAUAGUGGUAAUAAUGCCAACUCCAACAGGCAAAAUAAUAAUGUCCGACAGGUGCAAACCACACCGGAAAACCAGUAA